AUGAGUCAAGAGUUCUCGCAGGACCACUAUGCCUUCGAUGACCCCAACUAUGGACAGGAAGAAUACGAUGAGGACUAUGCGCCAAUUACUCAGGAAGACUGCUGGACGGUGAUCUCCAGUUUCUUCGACCAGAAAGGUCUUGUCCGGCAGCAACUCGACUCUUUCGAUGAAUUCGUGCAAAAUACGAUGCAGGAGUUGGUAGACGAAAACUCAGACCUCAUCUUGGACCAGGCAGACCAGCAUACAGGCCAGGCAGGCGACAUGACCCGCCGCUACGAGAUCAAGUUCGGCCAAAUCUAUCUGUCGCGUCCAACCGUUACAGAGGCAGACGGUUCCGUCGUACCCGUUUUCCCUCAAGAAGCUCGUCUGCGAAACUUGACAUACUCAGCACCGCUGUAUAUUGAGAUGAGAAAGCGCGUUUUGGUUGGUCGGGAAGAUCCUGCAGUGCCAGGCGACAUUACUUGGGAGGCAGAGCACGAAGACACCGAUGGCGACGCUGCGAAAAUCUGGAUCGGAAAGGUCCCCAUCAUGUUGCGCUCGAGUUUCUGCAUUCUCCAUGAACUGCGUGACCAGGAUCUUUACGACCUCAACGAAUGUCCCUAUGACUCUGGAGGAUACUUUAUCAUCAACGGUUCCGAGAAGGUGCUCAUUGCUCAAGAACGGAUGGCCACCAACCACGUCUACGUCUUUGCGAAAGCGCAACCUUCCCCCAUCAACUUUUUGGCCGAAAUUCGUAGCGCAGUAGAGCGGGGUGGCAAGACUAUCAGUCAGUUCCAGGUCAAGAUGUUCCACAGAAAUCAGGAGCGUUCGCUCGGAAACGUCAUGAAAGCGACCAUCCCCUACAUUAAGGUCGAUAUUCCCAUCUGGGUUGUUUUCCGCGCUUUGGGCGUGAUCUCCGACCGCGACAUUCUCGAACACAUUUGCUACGACAUGCAGGACGCCCAAAUGUUGGAAAUGUUGAAGCCCUGUAUCGACGAUGGUUUCGUUAUUCAAGACCGUGAAGUGGCACUCGACUUCAUUGGAAAUCGUGGUACUACCACCGGCCUUCCUCGCGACCGCCGUAUUCGAUAUGCGCAGGAAAUCCUGCAGAAGGAGAUGUUGCCCCACAUCUCGAUGGCUGAAGGCUCCGAGUCCAAGAAGGCCUACUUCUUCGGCUACAUGAUCCAUCGACUGCUUCUUGCCGCUCUUGAACGACGAGAACUCGACGAUCGUGAUCACUUCGGCAAGAAGCGACUUGACCUUGCUGGCCCCCUUCUCGCCAACCUGUUCCGUAUGCUCUUCCGCAAGCUCACCAAAGAUGUCUAUCGCUACUUGCAGAAGUGCGUCGAAACACACAAGGAGUUUAACCUUUCCCUUGCUGUCAAGCACCAAACGAUCACCAACGGUCUCAAAUACUCGUUGGCCACAGGAAAUUGGGGUGAUCAGAAGAAAUCCAUGUCCUCAAAGGCCGGUGUCUCACAGGUGCUCAACCGAUACACGUAUGCUUCCACACUCUCCCAUCUUCGUCGGUGCAACACUCCACUGGGACGAGAAGGAAAGAUUGCCAAACCUCGUCAGUUACACAACACCCAUUGGGGCAUGGUUUGCCCCGCCGAAACGCCCGAAGGUCAAGCUUGCGGUCUCGUCAAGAACUUGGCCUUAAUGGCAUGUAUUUCCGUCGGUUCCUAUUCCGCACCCGUCAUCGAGUUCUUGGAGGAGUGGGGAUUGGAGUCCUUGGAAGAAAAUGCCCAUUCGACCACACCUUGCACGAAGGUCUUUGUCAAUGGUGUCUGGAUGGGCGUUCACAGAGACCCUGCCAACCUCGUCAAGACCAUCAAGAAGCUGCGACGGAAGGAUGAUAUCAGUCCCGAAGUCUCAGUGGUUCGCGACAUCCGAGAACGAGAACUCCGUUUGUAUACUGACGCUGGUCGCGUCUGUCGCCCGCUCUUCAUCGUGGAGAAUCAGCAACUGGUUCUGCAGAAGAAGCAUGUGCGAUGGUUGGCUAACUCGGAGAAUGACGAUGGCGAGGAAUGGAAGUGGGAAAACCUCAUCAAGUCCGGUAUUGUAGAGCUGUUGGAUGCCGAAGAAGAGGAGACGGUGAUGAUCUGUAUGACGCCGGAAGAUCUCGAAGUCUCUCGACGGCAAUCCGAAGGCAUGGAGAUACAGGACCAUGAAGAUUACGAUCCUGCUGCGCGCUUGAAGGCAGGCACCCAUGCCCAUACUUGGACCCACUGCGAGAUUCAUCCCAGUAUGAUCCUUGGUAUCUGUGCCAGUAUCAUCCCUUUCCCCGAUCACAACCAAUCCCCUCGUAACACCUACCAAUCCGCCAUGGGUAAACAAGCCAUGGGUAUCUUCCUCACCAACUUCUUGAUUCGUAUGGACACCAUGGCCAACAUCCUCUAUUACCCUCAAAAGCCCCUCGCCACUACUCGCUCCAUGGAGUACCUCAAAUUCCGAGAACUCCCCGCCGGCCAAAACUCCAUCGUCGCCAUCUUGUGUUACAGCGGUUACAACCAGGAAGACUCCGUCAUUGUGAACCAAAGUUCCAUUGACCGAGGUCUGUUCCGAAGUAUCUACUACCGAAGCUACAUGGAUCUAGAGAAGAAGAGCGGCAUUCAGCAGUUAGAAGAGUUCGAAAAGCCGACGAGGGAGACCACGCUCCGCAUGAAGCACGGAACUUACGACAAGAUCGAGGACGACGGUUUGAUUGCUCCGGGUACCAACGUUACUGGUGAAGACAUCAUCAUUGGCAAAACAGCACCCAUCCCUCCAGACAGCGAGGAACUCGGCCAACGUACCCGAACGCACACAAGACGCGAUGUCUCGACGCCUUUGAAGAGCACAGAGAAUGGUAUCGUCGACCAAGUGCUCAUCACAACUAACUCGGAGGGUCAGAAGUUCGUCAAAGUUCGUGUUCGGUCAACGCGUAUUCCUCAAAUCGGAGACAAGUUCGCCUCGCGUCACGGUCAGAAGGGUACUAUUGGUAUCGCUUACCGGCAAGAGGACAUGCCUUUCACGGCGGAAGGUAUCGUCCCCGAUCUCAUCAUCAACCCUCACGCCAUUCCUUCCCGUAUGACAAUCGGUCACUUGGUCGAGUGUUUGCUCUCCAAGGUCGCAACUCUCAUUGGUAACGAAGGUGAUGCCACGCCUUUCACUGACCUCACGGUCGAGGGUGUUUCCACUUUCCUGCGCCAGAGAGGGUACCAAUCGCGUGGUCUUGAAGUCAUGUACCACGGUCACACUGGUCGCAAACUCCAAGCGCAGGUAUACCUUGGACCGACGUACUACCAGCGUCUCAAGCACAUGGUGGACGACAAGAUUCACUCGCGCGCUCGUGGACCGGUCCAGAUCCUUACUAGGCAGCCUGUGGAAGGUCGUAGUCGUGACGGUGGUUUGCGUUUCGGAGAGAUGGAGCGCGACUGUAUGAUUUCCCAUGGUAUUGCUGGAUUCUUGAAGGAACGUUUGUUCGAUGCAAGCGACGCUUACCGACUUCAUGUUUGUGAUAUUUGCGGUUUGACGGCCAUUGCCAACCUCAAAAAGCAAAGCUUCGAGUGUCGUGCAUGCAAGAACAAGACGGCUUGCUCGCAGCUGUAUAUCCCUUAUGCGGCCAAGCUUCUCUUCCAAGAAUUGCAGAGCAUGAACAUUGCCGCUCGUUUAUAUACAGUUUCUUCUGGCCGUAUACGGGAUUAA